GUUGUUUAUGGAGCAAUGGGCUCUGUGGGGUCGGGGGACGAGUCGCGAGUUAUGUCUGACAAGGUUCAGAUGCUUGCAUCUUCCAUAUAUAAAGAAUUUGAGAAAAUGAUUGAAAAAAACGGAGAGGAUAGCGUAAAGAAUCUUAUGCCACUGGUUGUUAAUGUUUUGGAGAACCUCGACCUUGCAUAUCUUGAAAAAGAAGAGUUUUCUGUUGAUCUGGAAAUGUUGAAAGAAGAUAACGAACAGUUGAUAACUCAGUAUGAACGUGAAAAACAACUUCGGCGUGCGCAAGAUCAGAAGUGUAUAGAAAUUGAGGACGCGUUAGUAGAGCAAAACAGAGAGCUGGAAGGUAAAAUUGAGUCUUUGGAGUCUAUAAUGAGGAUGUUAGAACUUAAAGCCAAGAAUGCAGCUGAUCAUGCGGCAAGAUUAGAAGAAAGAGAGGCAGACCAAAAAAAUGAGUUUGAUAAGUUGCAUGAACGUUAUAAUGUGCUCCUGAGGACUCACAUUGAUCAUAUGGAAAGAACUAAGUACCUCCUUGGAAACGAAAAGUUUGAUAUGCUUCAAAACAUGCCUCUUCCUUCAUCACAAGUUAGAAACAAGCUAGGUAUGGCGGCUUCACUGUAUGCUGGGCCAAUUCGAGGUGUGUCAGACAUCAUCAGUGCACAGAUGUCACAAAGUACUACUAUGGACGUGAAUCUUGCGAAUCAUAUAAGCAACGAAACUGACUGGCAGGAAGAAUUUGGCGAAACUGGUGCUGACAUCCUUCAGUCACUUAGGGAAACUUCUUCGGCUGCGGAGUCAACUCGUAAUGAACAACAGACAGUCGAUGUAGAAAAAGAGCAGCCUGUAGAAGCUACUGAAAAUGUUGAGCCUGUUCUGAGGAUAUGUUGCGUGAAACAGCUUAGAUUUGAAGUACUCGCUAGAUGGUUUUCCGUAACGCUGGAAUUCUCUUACGUUGGUUGA